AGGAGAUCCGAAAGUGCAUCAUGGGCUGCAAGCCGAUUCAGGAGUACUUCAGAUACCCCUCGGACGACAUCUUCUUCUUCGCGGUAGCCAAGGUCAUGCCGCUUCCGCAGAGUGUUUGCUCCGUGUGGGUCUUCAUGGGCGCAGAGGUGAAGAUGUCGCGUCAACGAAUUCUAGCUCUGAGCAAGGUCCAGAAGGAGCGUGAGCUAGCGGCAUGGGAGGAGGCCAACGGAAUCGUGGAGGAGGAGGAUGACGAGGACGACUUGGAGAACUUCAAGCCGGACGAGGCGCCGGCGGAUGCCAAGCCUGCAGAGGCGCCGCCGCCGCCGGAGGUGAAGGACGAUGGCCAAGACCUCUACGCCAACUCCGCCUCUGACCGCCAGCUUGAGAAGCUCCAGCAGGGAGAGGACGCUGAUGCUGACAAGAAGAAGGACAAGAAGAAAAAGAAGAAGCCCAAGGAAUCCGAGUGAUCGGCGACCAAGCCGGCUGCCCAACCAUGCGAGCGGACGGCAUUGACGGUGUUCAGUCGAAUGGGCUAGUUGGAAC